CUUUGGGGCCAGUCCCAUUCUCUCAGCCUCAGAGGAAGGCAGUGGUGCAAACCCACUCUGAAGAAAUCUGAUAGGUUCAUAAGUUGGAAACUGCUUGAAGGCACACAUGUUUUCCACUAGCAUUAUAUAAACGGGGUAGAAGAAGGAUUUAUGCAAGGGAUGUGUGUGCCUCUGGGAUGUUUUAUUGUGCUGGGCAUUGGCUUUCUAAAGCAUUGCAGUGGCAAUGGCUUUAGGAAACUGUUUUUGCCUGUUCUGCACAAGUUAAGGCAUUACAUGCAAUUGAGGAAUCAGUUGCGUCCCUUGUGUUUGCACAGCUAAAGACCAUGAAAGCUUCUUAAGCAGCCUGCAGAUGGGAAGCUAAUCCAACUCAGACAUGAGAGCCUCUCAGCCACCUGAGCUGGGCCUUUCUGUCUCCUCUAAGGUUUUGAGGGGCUGAAAUGGAUCUCUUUGGGGAUUUAUAUUCAGGAGCAGAAGCACUGUAUAUUCUUUAAAUGAACAACAGAGAGAACAGAGCAGACAGUUGUCACUUUAACGUUGUCAAGGGGCUCUCUUUUUACAGGGAAUGUGAGGUUGCUGUGGCUGGAGGUUGCCCUGGCAGCUUGCCUUGAAGCUUCUAAUAAAGAGUAAGGUUUGUGUCUCGCAACCUGGCUUGUUGGGGCCUCUCCUGUCUUAAGAACCUUGUGCCAAAAAAAGAAAAGAAGAAGGUGCGGCUGGAUUGCUGCCUUUGCUGUGUCUCGUGGUUCCCCACCUCUCCCUCAGGGCUUGGGUGCAAGGAAACAGCUCCCUGUGCUCAGUGCUGCAAACUGGGCCCAAGUCACAACAGAGUUUCUGUGACAGCAUUGGGUGCCUGCGCAAAUGGGCUUCGGCGGUUGUAAAAAAUACUUUUGACAUGAUUCAGAAAGCCUAGUGUGCUCAAUGCAACAUGACAACAAAAGGGAAAGCACUUCCCGCUGAGAUUGGCAUUGCCUCAUUGACAGAAUUUUCUGUCGUCUUUUCAUUCACCUGUUAAUUGUACCCUGUCUUUUGAUCACUUGCUUUGGAAUCCCUCUGCCUGGCAUCUCCCAUGGCACAGCCACAGGACUCCGUCCAUCGUCAUACUUCUCAUAAUAAGACCACUGAGGCUUAUUCCAGGAGCAGCUUGUGCCUGUGGAACGCAGAGCUGAGAGGAGUGCAUCCAGAUGCUUUGAUCUCAAGCCAGGCGUGAGGAAGAGGGCAAAUGGCUGAGCCGUUGCUGGAGGAAGACUCUUCCCUUGAUUCCUCCCUCAGGACUGACUGCUGUGUGGGAAAACUAGGGAGACCAGACGUGCUUCUCAUCUCUUAGAUCCACACGUGGCAUUCUCUGAAGUGAAUCAUUCACUUGGGAAGUCAGUAGGAUGGGAAAACAUCCUCCAGUGCUGACCUUACCUGGGUUUUCUGCAUUUACAAUUUCUUCUAGAGGAAGGAUGAGGUGUGUAGCUGCACAGAUGCUGCCAUUGUAGCUGCACCCCUGGAUUAAAAACACAUUAUUUGCCUUGGAAGUCUUGGCUGCAUAGCAUUGACUUUUAAAUGAGCUGAGAAUGAAUUUCCCUUCUCAUUUUCUUAGUGUCUCCUUUGUGACCCAGCAUGUCAUAGUGGUUUGAAGCACUGGACUAGGACACGGGGGGACCAGGGUUUGAAUGCUGGCUCGGUCAUGUCAACUCACCCGGUGAUCCUGGGCAAGUCCCUCUCUCAGCCUCCGCAGAUGGCAAUGGCAAACCCCCUCUAAAGAAACUUUCCAAGAAAACCCCAUGAUAUAUUCUCCUUAGGGUCACCAUAAGUUGGAAACGACUUGAGGCCACGGAACAACAUCAAAUCCUCUUGCUUAGGAUGAAGAAAUAGUUGGAGGGCUUGGUUUGCAGGCAAUCUCAAGAAGGCCCCUGGAUAACAAGUUACCUGCACGCUUUCCGCUUCUUAGCCACAAUUAGGAAGGUUCACAUUUUGCUGCAAAUGUUUCAUAUGCUGCAGAUAUUUUGCAUGCUCAAAAGGGGCUUCCGGGAUGCGUCAUUUGAAAACCAGAACUAUAGGGAAGAUGGUUAGGAGUGGAUGGGAAGCGACUGACCCAGCUCCCCCUCUGUAAGUGAAACGUCUCUCUGGCACCGGCUUCAUGGGGUCUGCAUGGAGUCAGGCUGCCAGAAAGGUUUGCUAAUCGGUGUGCAGCCCCUUUUUUCUUUUUGGAAACAGAGGAGCAUUGGGUACAUUUGUUCCAAGACUGUUCACUCGUUCUCAAUGCUAUUUCUCCUGAACAGCAGCAGAGAUGUUGCAUCAUUCUGAGCUGCUUUGAGCGUGGUGGUAAGAAGCAGACUUUCUAGAAAUCCAGAGAAUACCCCACCUUAUUCCCUGACCAGGAUUCAAGGUGGCUUAUGAAGCUUAAAACAAGGACAGCUUUAGAACUGAUAUCAUAACAAAAAUUUAAAAUGUAAUUAAACUGGGAGUACUGUAUAGUAAGAAAGAGUUAACAUUCCAUUGCUGGGAGUGGGGAAGGUAAGCAAAGAGGAAGCAGCUGAGCUCUGAAUUUGGUGUCUCACGGUGGGGGGGGGCUUGUUUGGUCUUUGUUGACUUUCCACAGUUCGGCUUAAUGAGGCAUCUUCGUUAUUCAUAUACUGUACAUACAAAACAGGAAGCCCUUUCAGAUCAUAUCAGCAAACUACUUCCUUAUAUGUGCAAAAAUAAAGCCUCUCUUGACAGCAGUGCAAGUGACACUUCCUUAAACGGGGACGAGCCCUGCACUUGUAGACCCCAGCCAUCCAGCCACCCAUGGAAGGUGGGGUGGGAUGUUUCAAAAGCCCACCGUGACCACCGUGACCCUCUCUUUUUGCAAGAAGCAAGAGUGGUAGGAAGUGUAGUGGGCAGCCAUGCCCAGAGAACAGAUUCCUGCAGCCCCAUGGAGAGUGUCUACCAGGCUCUCUCAGGUUUCCUCCCCGCAGCCCGGCUGCCUGUCUCCUUCCAUCCCACCAAGUAAAGGCAUCUCCUCGUCUCAGAAGCACAGCAAAAAGGCACUGAAGCAGGCGCUGAAGCAGAAGCAGCGGAAGCAGCAGCAGUGCCGAGGCAGCGUCCCCGUCCCCUCGGGCCACCACCAUCUCCUCCAACAACAUGCCAAGGCAGCCAGCCACCCGGUUCCUGCAAAAUCUGCUUGGGAAGGAAAGCAGUCGGAUGGACAUUCAAGUAGCCCCCCAAAUUCUACAUCUAGCUCCUCUCCCUCUGUCAAAACUGAGCCCUCCCUGCCAAUCUUGGGGAAGAAGACUUUCCAGAGAUCGGACAGACUCCAUGCGAGUAAGACAACAGCUUCCCUCCCUUUAAACAAAGGGCAGCUAAAAAGGACGAAAUGUGCCGAAAUCGACGUGGAGACCCCAGAGUCUAUCCUGGUGAACACCAACUUGCGGGCCCUGAUCAACAAGCACACCUUCUCCCUGUUGCCGGCCGACUGCCAGCAGAGGCUGCUCCUGCUGCUCCCGGAGGUGGACAGGCAGGUGGGGCUGGAUGGCUUGAUGAAGCUCAGCAGUUCUGCCCUCAACAACGAAUUCUUCACCUCUGCUGCCCAAGGAUGGAAGGAGCGCCUUUCAGAAGGGGAGUUCACUCCAGAGAUGCAGCUGAGAUUACGGCAGGAGCUGGAGAAAGAGAAGAAAGUGGAGCUGUGGAAGGAGCAUUUCUUUGAGAGCUACUAUGGCCAGAGUUCUGGAUUGAGUCCCGAAGAGUCCAAGCAACUGACUUCCUCGCCACCUGCUGCUCAGAGCCAGACCCAGGCUGGGAGCCCAAGACCUCUGCUGCAGAAUUGCCCCUCAGCACUUGUUCUGGUGGGCAAGGAAAAGGUGGGCCCUCAGACUCAGCUGGUACCACCACCACCACCCAGCCCAGAAAUCAAGAAGGAGGAGGAGGAAGAGAAGAAGGAGAAAGACCGGUCCGAAGCCCCCUCAGUGAGGCCAGCAGAGCCUGUCAGGAGCAGUGCCCCCUCCCAGUUGAGCAGCCAGGGCCUCCGCAGGCUGUCCAGGGGGGCUGAGGAGCCCAUCUUGGGAGAGCAGGGAAAGGAGAAGCCGCACGCAGGGCAAGAAAAUGCAAGCAAACCAAAGAACCCCCCUGCUCCCGCUACUGCUCCUACUCCUGUUCCCGUUCCUGCUCCCACUCCUGUUCCCGUUCCUGCUCCCACUCCUGUUCCUGCUCCUCUUUGUGCUCCUGCUCCCACUCCUGUUCCUGCUUCUACCACCAAUGUACCUCAGCCCAGUCCCACAGAAGAGACUCAGACGGCAUCUGCCACAGAGAGCCCCACCACCAGCACGGAGCAGAUGGACACUGGAGCCCGUCCCCUGAAGAGGAAGCCAGAGGCCCCCGAAGAGGUCUCGUUGGCCCCGGAAAAGCGCCCCCACGUCGCUCCAGAGAAGGGACCCACCCCUCCGCCUUUUCAGGCCCCCCCGCAGCACUUUCCCACCGCACCUGUGCCAAAGGUCCCUCCGCUCCGGAUCCCCGUCUCCCGGAUCCAGGGUGUCCCUGUGCCCUUUCCCGCCGCCAGCCAGGGCUCCUCUCCCCGGCCCAGCUUCCCAGUCAUCCUCGCCAGUCCGCGGAGGACUGGGGCCAGGACGUUGGCCGACAUCAAGGCCAGGGCCCAGAUGGCCAGAGCCCAGCGGGCAGCCGCCGUUGCAGCUCAGGCCGCCGCUGCCACUGCUGGUACUGCUACGCCCGUCGCAGGAGUCAUCCCAGGCCCGGGGCCUGGUGGGGGGAGAGGGGACGAGCGGAGUGGCCCGGGGCCAGGGAGGCCUUGUGGCACUGCACUGGACCUGGCUGGAAGUGGGGCGGGUCAACGAAGGACUUUGCCCACCGGUGCCAGCGCCAGGCCCACAGAAUCGGCAGCACCGACGGCCCCGGAACCUGCUUCCAAGGGAAGUGCUGCUAGAACACAACUACAGCCAGCGGCCCCAGUCCAACCCAGGACGGCUGGCGCAGAGACCCCGUGCGCGCCCCGGCCAGCAGAAGGGAGCACUGGCCACACAGACCCCAGCCCCGUGAAAGCCUCUGCCACUGCUGCCACUGCUGCCCCAAGCGUCCAGGAGCCAUUGGCCCCAAGUGCUGCUUUUGUUCAAAGAACGGAAGUGCCCAGGAGAGCCCAUCCUGCUCUGGGCCCAGCCUUGGCCCCCAGGACAGAUAAUGCAGGGGCUGUUUUUGGGAGCAGAUCCGUCUCUGGACCUGCCUUACCUCGGGCAACAUCAGCUGCGCCUUUCAAGUUAUCCCCUCCUCUUCUUUCUCAGGCAGGGCCUGUGCCAAUGCCGCCUUCCUCCCAUAGCACUUUGUCAGCGAACCAGAGCCUUAAUGCCCCCUCAGGAGCCUCAGCUACAGGCAGCAGCCCUCCUCCUCUCCGCUCGAGCUCCAGCAUUCCUGCCAACAACCCCCUGGUUACUCAGCUGCUGCAAGGCAAAGAGGUCCCCAUGGAGCAGAUCAUGCCCAAGCCCCACUUUAGAGUGGAGACAAAGAUGGUGCCGGCACCCGCAAAAGAAGGCCAAGCCCCUGUGUCCGCCCCCAGAACCCUGCCUCUGAAAGAGGUCAGUGUGGGACAGCCUCUUCCUCUCAUCUUUUCAUGGUGGGAGAAGCCAGGCCUCAGCCAGGGCAGGCAGCCCCAUGGUCCAGCCGCUCAUUCUUCCUUGCCAGGGCAGGACUCAUGGGGCACUCACUCUGACCAGCGCACUGGCCAAGACGUCUCCAACCCAGCAGUCCGGGAGCAGAUCCUGCAGGCCCUCCUGCAGAGGGUCCCUCCUGCCCCAGAUCAGCCCCCUAAUGCCGCUGCCCCUGCUCGCCCUUCUCACCUCCCACUCCUCCCCCAACAUUUCCCAACAGAGACUAGCUCCACCACCCCGAGGCAGCGCACAACCCUGGGAUUCAUUGGGAGGCGGAUGUCCAAGCCCGCCAUGUCUGGCCACUACCUCCUGAAUGUUUCCACCUAUGGGCGCUGCUCUGAAAACCUCAGGAGGCGCCUUGCUGUGCCCCCAGAGAGUCGCCUCUGCCAAGACGGGCCGCCCUGUGUGCAGCUGGAGGGGGAAUGGCAUCAGACGGCUGACAGCAGUGACAGGGAGGAUGGAGGGGACCCAGACAGCAAUGGGGCUGAAGGUGACGAGGUGGAUGUCUUUGUGAAAGAAGACUGUCUGGCUCAAGGGCAAGCAGGAGCUGGAGGAGGGCAGGUGGGCCUCCCGGUCAGCACUGUGAAAGCAGAGCAGGGGGCCGUUGGCCACAAGAAGGGAGCCCUCCCACUGUUCUUGGCCACCCAGGAUUAUGCUGUGCUGAGGGAGGCGAUUCAGGAACACGGGCCCCAGGCUGUAAUAAAGACUCGCAGCAUGGCACUUCGUGCCAGCACUCCAGUGGACUCUACCCCUCUGCAGCCCCUGUUGCUCCCUUCCUCCCAUCCUUCACGGUUGUUUGGGAGCCCUGGCGGAGCCACCCAGCUGGUUGGGCCAGGCUACAGCGGCACCAUCAACGUCUCCACUUCCCCGGACCUCCACCAAGAGGCACUGCUGACAGGCCUGUCGGACCCCAGCCGCAUGGGGGAAGUGGUCUCCUUCUCUGUGACUGUGACUACCAUCCCCGCCGGCCAGCCAACGAACGCUCUGGGCAGCCCCCGGCAGCCCCUUCAUGGACAGGCCUUCUCGGAAGAGGGGGUCCUGGAGGACCUGCCCUCCAAGUGCUACUGCCGCCUGAAAGCCAUGAUUGUCUGCAAGGGCUGCGGUGCCUUCUGCCACGAUGACUGCAUCGGACCCUCCAGGCUCUGCGUCUCCUGCCUGGUUGUGCGGUAGCAGGGCUGGCAGGGGGAGGACACCAUGGCCGGAGUGAACUGGCGUCCCACUCCCCUCCCUGUCCCCUCAGUACCUGCUGCAUUGUUGCCUCAGGAGUGAUGGAAGCACCUUGGACGGACGGCAGGGCCCCCAGGACGAAUGUUUGCACUUAAGGAAUCAUGUAAAUAGGUUGCAUUGUUUUGUCUUUAAAAAGUUUAUUUGUCCCUCUG